UAAGCACUGGAUUAUGUAUUCUUUUUAUUUUUAUGUAAACCAUUACAGACCACAAACAGGAUCUCAGCCUUUAAAUACUGCAUUGAUGAUGACAGAGAACGUCAAUAUUCCCCCUUUUUUUUGUCUUACGUGCCAGGCAGCAAGCAACCUGCUGGUAGUCUAAAAUGUGCCAGUCUGUCUGGGUGUCUCCCGGGCAACCGAGUGUAAACAUGCAGCAGGAGUUGUGUAAAGAAGACUGGAAAAGACUCGAGAGUUGAGAAAAGGACUUUUUUUUUUUUUUAAUUACAGAACUCGGGAAUGAAUGAAAUAAUGAAACAUCACAUCACAAAGGAGUGAAGUGAGCAGUGUUGGAGGUACAAUGCUGCGAACGGAGCAAGAGGUGGAGGACUUGCGGGAUGUCACUGUGAGCAUCAGCCAAGAGGCGGAGAGUGAAGACGACCUGGAGGUCUCCAAUGCUGAAGAUGAAGAGGAGCAAGACUGCAAUCCUCUUAUCAAAGCCUGCCGUGAUGGCAACACCGAGGCGGCGGAGCACCUGCUGCAGGCCGGGGCUGACGCGACUCUGUGCAACGGCUCCAAGAAGACAGCGCUACAUGUCAGCCCCCCUGGGCUCCAGAAGAAGCUGAUGGGCUGGAUGCGGAGACCCCAUCUGUCCCCGCAGGCAGAGCUGCUGCAGGCCUCCUGGCAGGGGGACCUGCGCACAGUGCAGCGCCUGCUGACGGACAAAGUGGAGGUGAACGUUCCCAACAGCGACGGCGCAACUUCAGUCAUACUGGCCAUCAGAGACAUCGACCUUUUUGAAGGCAUGGCGCCGUUGCCCUGGGAACACAGACCCGUCCAAGUGGUCAAACAACUUCUGAGGCUCUCAGCAAACCUAUGGUUACGAGAUCACAGCGGCUGCUCUGCUCUCCACUACCUCGGCAAGAUAAACAGCCCAAUGAAGGAAGACAUCCUCCACAUGAUGCUCGAUGCCAUAGGUCUCUCAGAUGCCGGCACGGCGUCGCCACUGGCUCUGGAGGAACACGAUUCUGGCCAGGAUUUAGAUUCAGAGCUUGGACUUUUGGACCUCGAGUUUGACCUGGAAAGCAUCAGCGAUCAGUCAACUGCAAGUUCCCCCACGCAGUUAAUAAGUCAACAAGACCAAUUUCUAGCCUACAGCCACAGUGAGGAAACAUUUGACUCUUCAGGGUGUCAACCUGACCAUUGCAAAAGCCCCAGAGAGGACAAGGAAGAUGACGAGAGUCCUCACGGAGUCCAAAACGCCACGGAAACGCUGAUGGACUUGACUCAAGCCAGCCAGGAAGCAGUGACAGGAAGCAGGGGAACUUUGCCGAGCAUGGACAAUAAAUGCAGGCGCCCGAGCCAAAUGGAUCCUGUUCCCUCAUCAAGACAGCUGACUCAGAGAAGCAACCGCCUGCCUGUAUCCCCAACACACAGACAGAGAACAAGAAGUGUGGCCGACGCAUCGCCAUCUUCCUUAGACCUGCUUUCCGUAGCAGAACCAAGCAAGCUCAGCCAAUCAGCUCCCAGCAUCAUGGAACCACUACUGUGUGCCAACUAUGUGUUUCAGGCCAGGACACAUAUUCAGACACGACUGGGCUCUCAUCAACCUAGCAAUCAACAAAAGGUUCCAGUAUUGGCUCUGCAACCUCCUUCUCCUUUCCGGAUGCCCAAGCAGCUGGAACCACUGGAUCUCAGGCUAAGAGACAAUUCUAAUGCAUCAGUACUAAAGCAGAGUGUUCCCUUGAAACCUAUCAGCAAGAGCCCUCUUUCCAGGACCCAUCUCAGGCAGAGAUUUUCAUGGGGCACCCCACGUACCAGCACCCUCACCACUAGGGUUGGAAGCGACGACAGCGGGUCCAGUGCCAAUUUGACUGAUCUGGAAGAUGAGGAUUACGAAAGGGAUAUACCAAAAGAUAUUGACUUGAUGUUCACUAAGGCCAAGGAUCCAAAGCAUCCAAAAGGCAGGUGUAAUGAGGAAAAUAUUGAGCUCUACUAUGGAGAGAUGCGGCAGAGUUUAAAAUCUCAGUCAAAAAGCGGUUCUAUUUCACUGAUCCACAAGUCAACGUGCAUACUGAGACCAGAGCCUGUGAACUGUCAGACUCUGAUAAAUCGCAACAACGCAACGCAUGAUUAUAAUACGAGCCCAGUUAGAGACGGGGUGAAACACAAAACACCAAUACCAUCAAAACCUAAUUAUUAUAUUCACAAUGGCUGCACUAAGACCGCUAAGCAGGACAGUACAUCAAUCAAGGGUUACUUUGAGGAUAAACCUGCAACUGAAAAGGAUUACAAGAUAGAUGAGGAGCUCUCUUGUAAAACUAAGGGUGUCAAGUUAAACAGCAGCUCUGCUGUAGAGGAAACACAAUUAAAAUACCCAAUUAACAACCAAAGAACAGAUCUCAAGCGAGCAAAAGUGAAAAAAGCAUUAAAGCCUGCCCAAAGCACUGAAUCCAGAAAAGAAUCCAGUGCAAACUGUCAACUGAGGACAAACCUGCCCAUAACCAGACUAGGACACAAAGACAGAAGCAUCCUAAAUCUGAACAAAUCCCCUAAAAAACUCUCUCUUUCCAAUAAAUCCACAGAUGACGCUAGAAGAAGCCCUGAGCAAAUUGUCGUCGAAGAGGUUACUGACUCUUUGGUUAAAUCCAAGCUUAAAUCAGUUAAUAGGACCUGUAAUACCCCCUUACCAUGGAAGAGGGGCACAGUUAGUGCACACAGCGGAAGGGCAAAUCCUGACAAGGUGUGCAACAGUAGAGCACAACAAUGCCCAACAGUCAGUGAACUGAAGAAUGCCCGGCAGUUUAAGAGUCCAGAGGCUGCUGGGCCACAAAGAUCGAAAUCUGCUGUGGAUUUCAUCACAUACAAAGACAUGUUUACAACCAUUCAGAGUGAGGGAAAAGGACCUGCUAUUUAUGAGAUGUUUGCUGGUCCUAUUUACGAUAAUAUUAGAAAUCCGAUCAGCUCUGAGGACAAACAAUUGCAGUCUGCUCCAUCCAGGAAGUCACGAGAAAACCGUAAAGUCAAAUACAGACCCUUGAAACAAGUGCAGACAAAGAUAAGGAGAAGCCCAACAGAGAAAACUGUGGUUUCAACUAAAGGCAAAACAAAACCUUUAUCCCCACGGAUUAAACAUCACCUCACACAUGCAACUAAGGGGGCACACAAACAGGAGAUUAAUACUAAACCAGAGACUACAGUAGUUUUUUCUAAUGAUGGUGACAUAGGUCAUCAUGCUCUAGAAACGCCUGAAGGGCCAAUCUUAUCUACCAUAGAGGAAGAUCUUUAUGGACAGAAAUCUGAAACGCUAAAAACAGAUGAAAAAGCUAUUAAGUUGACAUGUAAAACUUCUGUCCAUUUGCAUAAAAAUAUCGAAGAAACAUCUUUAAAUCCAGCAGAUAUCAGAAUUCAGCCACGAAGUAUAAAUCAAAUGAUUCCUGAGUCAUCAAAAAACACCCAAAUCCCAAUGACUGACACUUGGACAUCUGAUGACAGUAGUGGCCAUAUGGUUAUGUCGCCAGUGUAUCAGAAGUUUCUGAAUGGUGUAGGGGAUGGGCCACUUACAGAUGACUUGUUGCAAUGUCUGGCCGAAGAGCUGAACUCAUUGGAUGAGAAAGAUAUAUCCAUUGACGCAUAUCCCCAAAACCUGGAAAUGGAGUACCAAAAAGGAGACAAUCACAUAUUAGAAAGGAAUGAUUACUUGGAGACAAUGUCGAUGGACUUGGCUGCCUUGCAUGGAUCUGGUUUAGGUGACAUUAUAUCUUGGACUAAGGGUGAAGUACUUGGCCGUGGAGCCUACGGAACAGUAUACUGCGGCCUGACCAACCAAGGCCAGUUAAUAGCCGUGAAGCAGGUGACGUUGGAUGCCUCCGACCCAGAAGCCGCGAGGAGAGAGUAUAGUCGACUGCAGGGGGAAGUAAAGCUUCUUAAAACCCUGAGCCAUGCCAAUAUUGUGGGUUUCCGCGGGACCUCCCUUUAUCAGCACAUGGUUUCCAUCUUCAUGGAGUACAUCCCGGGAGGAUCCAUUGCAAGCAUCCUUCACAGAUUUGGUCCACUGCCAGAGCGCGUUCUGGCUUUGUACACCUACCAGAUCCUGGAAGGGGUUGCAUACCUUCAUUUAAACAAGGUCAUUCACCGUGACCUGAAGGGAAACAAUGUCAUGCUGAUGCCCACUGGGGUCAUCAAGCUCAUAGACUUUGGUUGUGCACGCCGCAUCAGCUGCGUAAGCAACACCACUAAGAGCAGUGGGGACCUGCUCAAGUCUGUCCAUGGUACACCUUACUGGAUGGCUCCAGAGAUUAUCACUGAGACAGGUUAUGGCAGAAAGUCUGAUAUAUGGAGUGUGGGUUGCACUGUCUUUGAGAUGGCCACGGGGAAACCCCCCCUCGCACACAUGGACAAGAUAGCAGCCUUGUUCUAUAUUGGGGCCAAAAGAGGAUUGAUGCCAUCUUUGCCGGAGGGAUUCUCAGAGGGUGCCAAAGAGUUUGUGAACAUCUGCUUGACACGUGACCAGAGUUUGCGGCCAUCGGCAGACCAACUGCUCCGACAUUCAUUUGUCCCAAGAAACAGGACUGUGGUUACCUCUUGGAAAGAACAGAAGAACAACUUCUGUGGUCACUCAGAUGGAGUAUGUCGUUAACAAGCUUUUGUGUUUGAUGUGCUUUUAUUAAGUUUUAUCGCUUGAAUUGAGCUUGGUGCCUGAAAACACCAAGCAUUGUUUUCUUGUCAGCUCAGGGAGGAAGGCAGAGGUGGAAUAUUGUAUUUGAGGACGCAGAAACACAACUUAAGCACUUUAAUGUAUUAUAGGUGAAUAGAACUGCAAAAUCUGAUUGAUUUUGUACAUAGCAGUUAGUGUCAAUAUUGAAAAUUGCAACCAAUUUAGUGCAACUCUUCAAUCCAGCUUCAAAGACGGCUGAUAAGAAUCAUGAUUUGCUUUUGGAUACACCACUAGGUCUGUCACUAUGAAAUAUUUUUAGAAUCAAUAAAUCCAUCGAUAUUU